AGCCUCCACCCUUUUCUUUUUUUUUCUUCAUAUUAAAAAAAGAUUUCAUGCCGUCAAUAAGUACUCCGACUGUAGAAAGUAUUCAAAUCUAUCCCAUCAAAUCUUGUCACAACGUACAAGUUCAAGAAUGUCAAAUAGACAACUUGGGUAUCCGACAUGACCGUCGUUUUAUGAUUGUUUAUGCUGACACCAAUCGUUUUGUGACUCAAAGAAAGUUUGCUUCUUUAGCUGUUGUUCGUCCCGAAUAUAAUGAAGCAGACAAUACACUCACGUUGUCUGCAAAAGAACAGGAUCCUAUUACUUUGCCACUCACACAAGAUUUAACCAAACUGACAAAGCGAGACGUGAUCCUAUGGAGAAAAACUCUCACCGUUUAUGAUGUGGGCGACAAAGCUGCUGAAUGGCUUACUCAGUUCUUAACUAACCAUCGCCAACAUGAUUGUCAAAAUAAUCAUAACGUUGAUGACCCUAUUAAAGAGACCGACCCCGUCAGCCCUGUUCGAUUGGUUACACUAGAUGAUCCUAAAAAUGGUGUGUACAGCAGACAAGCCCACGAACAAUUGAAAGGUAUUCAUACAGCUUUUUCCGACUGGUCACCCAUCUCAUUUGGAUUUACUUCCAGUCUACAAGAGCUUAACAAGGGCCUUGUAGAAACAGGUAUCAGCAAAGGAAAUCACAUCCCCCUAGAUCGAUUUCGCAACAACAUUACCAUUUCGGGUACAAUUCCAUGGGAGGAAGAUCAAUGGCUCGUAGCAAAGAUUGGAGAAGUUACUUUAUAUAUUAUGCAACCCAUUGCUCGAUGUACCGUUCCUGGUAUCAAUCAAGAUACUGGCGUAAAGGACGAUUGGGAUGGUAAAGGUCCUACUGAUUAUCUCAGAAUCAAACGUCAAUUUGCUGAGCAGCCUGGAGAAGGCCGGUUCUGUUGUGAUGUUGUUCCCUUGACAUCAGGUAGAAUUCGUGUCGGUGACAAGAUCGAGGUACUUGAGCGUAUUCCGCAAGAGUAUAAACAAGAGCCUAUGUCUGCCACUGCUUGAUCCAUAUCUAAUCACUGCUCCAUGGGAAAAUGAAUAAUAAAUAUUUGCUUUAUAUGCGUAGGACAAUCUGUGACGAUGAAUUCUUGUCUUUUUGUCCUCCCAUUGCUUACAAAUACC